AGAAAAGAGAUAAGAAGAAAAAAGGAAACACCCAAAAACACGCAGAAAAAAGUUUCCAUAUAAAAUCAAACCCCAAUUAUUCACCGCUCGUACUCUUCUCUCUUCGAUCGUUGUGGGUGUGGUGCGGGAGGAUAACCAAAGAGGAAAAUUGAGAAAAGGGUUUUUUCCCUUUUCUCAAUUCCCCUUUUCCCUCUCUCUCUCUCUCUCUCUCUCUGCUCUUGCUCGCUGUGGGAUGAGUCACCGUAUCUACUUUUCAUAGUUUUUUUUUUUUAAUUGUGUUAGUAUCUAGGAUUAUGGAUUUGACUUCCCAAUCAGCCGUUGAAUCUGGUGCCUUCCUGGGGCGGAAGGCGGCGGCGGAGGAGGUGGUGGAGGAUGCGGCGGUGGAGCCGCUGCCGUUCUAUGUUUCAGCCGUGGAUCCGUUCCUCGUCGAGGCUCUUCAAAACCCUCGUCAUCGUUUAACUAUUCUUCGAAUGGAGCUCGAUAUGCAGAAGUUCCUGCAGAAUCCUGAUAUGCAUCAGUUUGAGUUCCCACACUUCCCUACUUCGUAUCUUCGUCUUGCAGCCCACCGUGUUGCUCAACACUACGGUUUGCAGACCAUGGUUCAGGAUAAUACAAUAGAUGCCCAAGGAAUCCGGAUCUUGGUAAUAAAAAGACCCGAGAGUAAGUUUCCUGCAGUUUGUUUAUCCGAUGUACCAGCCAAGAAGUCAGAAAACGACAAACUUGAUCAAAUGAAAAUUGUCAUAAGAUCGAGGCCUAAAUCUUCCUCAAAUGACCCCAAUGAACUGGGCCUUAAACGCAGCCCAGUGAGAUCUGUAGAAGAGAGGAAAGAGGAGUACGAUAGAGCGCGGGCCCGCAUCUUCAGUAGUCAAAGUAGUUCCGAUUCCGAAGAUGCCUUGACUCGUGUUUCUUCUGAAGGGAGGAAUUUGAAUGUGAAUGUAAAUGACGAUGAAGUUUUGAGGAAUUAUGGUGUGGAUGGUACUUCUAGAGUAGCAAUUUUGAGGGACAGGGAGAAAGAUCGCACUGACCCUGAUUAUAAUCGCAAUUAUGUCAGAUAUGUUAAGAGCAUUCCCGAGACAUACAGCUUCAACCAAGGACCAUUAUUACAUAUGCCAAAAUUCCAGCCUCCAUUUGUGCAUUACGAUUCGUUUGUCCCACAGAUGAGUCAGAUGCCUGCCCCACAACCCUCGUUUAACUACAGGAGCCCUGUAAUGAGCCCUUACUGUGCAAUGGGAUUGAACCAUAGCUCUAGAGAUGCCUUGUAUGUCCAGUGGCCAACUCAAUCCAUGAUGUAUGCUGCACAGUCGUACGAUCAACUAAGACAUGCCUAUUUUCAGGCGCCUACCUGUCAGCAGCCUCUAAGUUUUGAUUACUCCCACAAUCUCCGGUGAUGGCUGCGCAAGUUAGAAUCGGGGAAUGUCUGUGUUACUUUAGGGAGGUCAUUUGUUUAGGUGUAUUAGUGUGUUGAAGACAGUUGCCAUUUUGUUUUUUGUUUCAUUUUUUGUUCUAUCAGGUGAUUUUGAAACUUCAUUUUAUGCACAAAAGUAAUAUUGUUUGUUGGAUGACCAGACACAUAUCUCUAUUCAGCUUCUUUGCUAUUCUUGAUUCUU